GGAAAAUGAGUGCUUUACGUUCACAUUUUGGGAAAUUGUAAAUAUAUAUUUUUAUUUCUGCUCAUUUUGUGAAUUGUGUCGACGUGAAUGAAGCUAUGAACGGUGACGAGUGAAACGUGUGCAUAGCGUGAAAAGAGCGUUUUGAAAGGAAGAGAAAAGUGGAACACUGGCGUAGUUCUAGAUGUACAUUGCUUAAAAGAAUAUACUAAUUACAACAGCACACAGUUUUUAUAACUUUCAAUAUAAGUUAAAAGUUGCUUAUUUCAAAAUAUUAGGUGUGAAUUUUGAGAGCGAGCGAGCGAGCGAACGAACGAACAAGCAGCGUGCGAAAGCGUUAAGAGAGAAGUAAAACGAAUUAUGGAUUUUGUACAAGUAGCAGAAGAAGAAGGUGAGGAGCCCAUAGAGCUUCCAGCAGAGGAGGAUGGAACCCUACUCCUUUCCACUUUGCAAGCCCAAUUUCCCGGUUCAUGUGGUUUAAAAUAUCGCAAUGAGGAUACGAAGGCCGUACGUGGGGUACGAUCGAAUGAGGGACGCUUGUACCCACCCUCUUCUGAAGAUGGUUGGGGUUCUAGCGUAUUUUUCUGUGUUUUUCCAAAAGAAAACAAGCGGAAAAGUGAUGACAAUUUGGAGAAUUCCACCGCCAAAACAAAACGCAUUGAAACUCGUUUACGUUGCACCGACCUAAUAGUUUUAGGUUUACCCUGGAAAACAACGGAGGAUAGUUUACGCGAGUAUUUUGAAAGUUAUGGCGAAGUGCUAAUGGCACAAGUCAAAAAGGAUAUGAAAUCUGGUCAGUCGAAAGGGUUUGGAUUUGUACGAUUUGGUUCGUACGAAGCCCAAAUGCGUGUACUCUCAUCUAGACACUUAAUCGAUGGUCGUUGGUGCGAAGUUAAAGUACCGAAUUCAAAAGGUAUGAUGCAUCAAGUGCCAUGUAAAGUGUUUGUUGGUAGAUGUACUGAGGAUUUGACCGCCGAUGAUUUGAGAGAUUAUUUUUCAAAAUUCGGCGAAGUAACCGAUGUUUUCAUACCGAAACCUUUCCGUGCAUUUAGUUUCGUAACGUUUUUGGAUCCUGAAGUAGCGCAAUCCUUGUGUGGUGAAGAUCACAUAAUAAAAGGUGUAUCGGUUCAUGUUUCGAAUGCAGCGCCUAAAUCUGAACAAAAUCGCAAUUCUGGCCAUAAUCAACAACAUUUUUCCUACAAUUCUCAGAGCAGCAUCGGUAGCGGACUCCAUAUGCUGCAUCAUCAAGGCCUUAAUGCCAGUAGCAGCGGUAGUGGCGGUGGUGGGGGUGGCAGUAGCAGUUCUUCUUCUGGCCGUAAUGGACACCAACGAUCUAGUAGCUCUAACAAUAUGUUGGGCGACGGUUCUAUGAGUGGUGGUGGUGGUUCUAGCAGUGGUUCUUAUGGCAUGAACGGUAACAGCUACGGCGGUAAUAACAAUGGAUUCAAUAGUGGAAGCGGUCUGGGAAGUAGCAGUAGCGGAUUGAUAGGUUCUGGUAAUCGACAAGAUGGAUCAAUCACUCCAUAUAAUCGUGGUAAUGGAGGUAAUUAUAUGAAUAGUCGUUCAAUGGGUCCUCAGCAUAGUGGUAGUGGAAAUAUGGGUUGGAAUAAUCAAACAAAUCGUGGGCACCUAGAUAUGCCAAAUUUACAAGCAUUAGGCAUAAAUCCCCAAGGGCCGAAUCCACCAAACCAAGGCCAAAACAUGAACAAUCCAUUGGGGGUGGGCCUUAAUUUGAACUCGUUGCCAAUGAAUCCUGCUAUUGUGGCGGCUGCUUUAAAUCAAUGGAGUAUUCUGGGCAACCAGUUACAGAAUCAGUCGCAAGAUCAACAGGUAUCAAAUCAGGGAGGCAAUUUUUUGUCUUGGAUGGCCCAAGCUAGUAGCUCCGGAAACGGUGGAAGUUUAAAUGCCGGAGGCAAAAACAGCAACUCAAAUAACCCUAGUUCUAAUGGAAAUCCAGGCAUGGGCUCAGGAUCCUGUAAUGACACACAACAGAAUGGCAGUACUAAUUCGAGCAGCCAAGGUUGGUCUCGUCAAAAUUCUGGUGGCGUGUCGCAAGGUCCGGUGGAUGUUAAACCGAAAUUUAUUUAAAUUUACAAAACUUAGGAGAGCGUGUGUGUAUGAAAAUUUUGACGCGAUUUUUAAAUUCUGACCGGUAUUUCAUUAAACAUAAACAAAAUAUGUAAUCGUAAAAUGGUUAAAAUCAUUCUUAACAGUAUCUUCAUCUGAAUAAAGUUUUAACCUGUAUUGUAGUGAAAAA